GACCUGCUCAUGGGCACCAUUUGCACACAACUUGUCGAGAAGUGCCCUUGAAGGAGCUGAGGUGUUUCCUCUGUAUGGAACAUUUUCUGUGAGUAUGAAAAUGUGAAGUCAACAAACCUGAGAACAUUUCCAGCAUCUGCUUCUGACUACUGAUGUGACCUUGGACAAGUCACUUCUUUCUGGGCCACAAUUUCUUUAACUGGAAAAAAGAGUGUUCAACUAAACCACCUAGGACCUUUUUACCUCUCAAUCUAUAAUCCUAACAUCUAGGCAGUUAUGAUAUCAAAGCAGUUUGAAGGUCAUGAUUAUUUCUUCUUAUCAAUGGUCAACAAAACUUUCUUUUCUAUUUAUUUUUGCAUACAUUUCAUCUGUCUCAGCUUCUGCUCAGGUUCAUCACUUCCCCCUUAGCACACUUGCCACCCCAACACAUGCACACUUCUCUCUCCAUCCUUCCUCCUCUUUCACCCAUGAUGAAGCCACACUUGGGGGGGAGGUAGGGAGAAACUCAGUUGUUGACACUAGCUUUACAUUUCCUGGGUUCCCUUUUUAGUUUUGAACUCCUACCAUGACAUCAGUUCUCCACUGGACUUUCCACUCUUUUUAGGUUCCUUCUUUCUCUCUGAAUACUCCCAGAAACCCCUAUAAAAUGAGGUCCCACACAUGGGACAGAGACACAUACCUUCAGUCUCUUAGCUUGUGCUCUGCUCCUCCAAGCCUUUUCUCCUCUCAGGAUCAUGAAGGUCUCUGUGGCUGCCCUCUCCAUCCUCAUGGUCAUGGCCUUCAGCUCUCUGGCAUCCUCUGCACCACUGGGCUCUGACCCUCCUACCUCCUGCUGCUUCUCCUAUGUCAGCCAACAGAUCCCCAGAAAAUUUGUGACGGACUAUUAUCAGACCAGCAGCCUGUGUUCCCAGCCAGCUGUGGUCUUCCAGACCAAAAGAGGCCGGCAGGUGUGUGCCAACCCCAGUGAUGCCUGGGUUCAGAGCUAUGUGGAAGACCUGGAGCUGAACUAAGGGGCUCAGGGGCCUUGGAUGGUGAUUCUUAAAGGGAAAUGGACCAAGCUGUGGAAUUCCACAGUCAGAUGCAAUCUCCCCAAACUCCAACCUGCUGGAUAUCCUCUCAACUGUUAUAUUUCAUUCUUAUCUGUGAGAUUUAUUUAUGUAAAUUAUUUGGUGACAACUUUGUUUAUUUAUUAAUACUUUCGUUUCACUUUUGGAAGACACCUGUCCCCCAUGGGGACCUUUCUUAGCAGCUUAGCCUUUGUGUCUUUGAGUUGUGAGGUCACUUGCUAGAUUCCCUGAACAUCUGUUGGACAAAGAUUCAGAAUAAAACUUUCUAAAACUUUAA